UGACUCUGUGUACGCAAUGAAUAACUGCUUUAAAUGUUAGAAGUGUGGUCACAUAUUGUGCUAUUAUCUAUUUAUUAUUGCAUGGUAUAAAUGGAUAUAACAAAACGAAUUAUUUGACAGAUAAUUAUCAAGUUAGCGGUUCGGUUAUUUUGGAAAGCUAUAUUUUGGUGUUUGCUUGCUUAUAGAUUUUUAAGUUUCCACUUUUGGAAUAAAACCGGAGAAAAACUUUUCUUUAGUGGAAUAUUAUCUAAUGCUAUUUUUGUCCACACUACAGUUCCAGACAUUUUUUUAUUAUUUGUUAUAUGUGAACAUGUGAGCGUUCCAGAAAGUGAAGCAUCCUUGGGUUUACAGUACAUUCGCUGUAGGUUGGUCAGUUGUACUUUUAAUAACAACAUUGAUUUGGCUUCUAGACGACACGCGCGAAACCAAACUCUUGUCUUGUCAAAUAUUUACCGGUGACGGAUAUCUUUUAAGUGUCUUCUCUGAUUUUUUUACGGAUUGCCUUAAUGUGCAUACCAUUGUUCAAUCGCGCCUAAAAGCAAUGGUGUGCUGAACAAUAAACAACUAGAUCCCCUGUCAGUAGACAUUAUUUUUCGUUAGUCUCUUUUGGAGAUAAAAAAAAAUAACCGAAGUCUACUAAAUGCUCCUGUCAAGCCAUUGUGGGCCUACUUUUGAAAACCAACGCAUGCAGAAUUUUGAGACGUUGAUAGAGUGUAUAUCUACAAUAGGCAAAGAUAAAGCUCUUGUCAAAUCACCACAGAAGAUGCCAAUUCAAUAUUCUUCACGCCCAUCGUCUUGGCAAUUCUACAAAAAAUGUUCGGACUCUAAUAACAAAAGUGCGCCUCCGGGUGGUCACAUAUUAUGUCGUGUAUGUGGUGAUAAAGCUUCUGGGUUUCAUUACGGGGUGUUUUCAUGUGAGGGAUGCAAGGGUUUUUUCCGUCGGACAAUCCGGCAAAAUAUUACCUACAAACCAUGUGGCAAUUUAAAGGGUUGUUUAAUCAUGAGAAUUAGUCGAAAUAGAUGCCAGUAUUGUCGACUUAAGAAAUGUCAUCAUGUAGGGAUGUCUCACGAAUCUGUGAGGCUUGGGAGGUGUCCGAAGAAAGAUCGCCCAGGAAGCAACUGUUUCUUUGUUUUGCCACAGAAUCAAAAUGGUGCUGUCGAUGUCGACAAACAAGUAAAAACAGAGCAAAUGAUUUUGUCAAUACAUGAUGCGUUUAAAUCUGCAGUGAAAGAGUUUGAUCGGGUUGCACAUGAGCUUUCUCCCAAGGAAGUAGUCCAUUUGAAAUCAAAAGAAGAUACUCAAAAUAUAUAUUUACGCUAUCUGCCUUCAAUAUUAAGAUGUAUUACUACAUUUGCCAAAGAAAUUCCUCAAUUUUUGGACCUCUCUUUGGAUGAGCAGCGAAUUUUGGUUAAAGGGUGCCUUCUGGAAGUAGCAGUUAUACACGAUUCAACUCAUAUACACCAUCUUCCAGACAGAUGGGUCGAUAACAAGAUGAAAUUCAGUCUGGACACGGAAAGGUGGCAGGACUAUGGUUUAUUGGGAGAGGUGUUUUGUAAUUUUUAUGAUGUUGUGGGAAAACUGAAAAAAUAUGAGUUAACUGACGUGGAAAUUUCUUUAUUGUGUGCUAUGGUUUUAUUUUGUCCUGAUCGAGAAGGUUUAAAAACAGUUAAAAUGUUGGAAAAUUUGGAAAUGGACUUAUCGAUGGCACUUAAAUGUCAGUUAUUGCUCAACCAUGGUCAGGGCUCUGUCCUGUUCGUACGGUGUAUAGAAACUGUUGUUGCUUUGAGGACAAUAACUACAAAGUAUUUAGAUAAUUUAUUAAAUGCAAAUGUUGAGAUGGAAUUCACUCGAGGAACGGAUAGGUGAAUGGUGUUUUGAAGGACUUCGAAGAAAUAUAUACCAAGUGCUUUUUCAUGUAUAUCAACUGUGAUGAACUUAUUGGUUGCGAGUGUCUGGCGUCUGUUAUGAUGAUGUUCCAUACAUUUACCACAAAAUCAAUAAAAGAAGGCAAAUUUUCUUCUUUUGAAAGGACUGGAACAACAGUCUACGCUGUCUAUCUAAUAUUAUCCUAUAGCUCAUCUAUUUUAAAUUCUAAAUAAAGAUAAUGAAUUCAGUUACCCGGAUCUACUUUUGGGAAAACUCUAUAGGUGCUUACGCCACCAACACCCCUAACCCUUCAAACGCGAUGGGUUUUUUUUUAUUUUAUUAAAUUGAACAAACUUUUGUUUAUUGAAAUUGGCAAUUGCUGUUCUGGUUUCUGCAGUCACAUGUUAAUAUUUGAAGUUGAUUCUAGAUUUUAACUAUGGAUUGUUAGAAUAUAGAAAUACGUGGAAGGUCUCCUUUUAAAAGAAAUAAUACCAGCGCAAAUUUAGUCUUCAACGGAAAUAAUGCGUAUCGUUGAAUUAAAUCGCUUGAAUUUCGUAGUCUUAUGGUAUUUUGGAUAACAGAAAAUAUUGAGAAUUAUCACUUACAAACAUGUAGGUGUGUUUCGGGAAUUUAUAAAACCUGAUUAAUAUGUUUAAAAGAUGGACAAAAGGAGGAGAGCGAUAUAGGCCUAUGGUCCGACUCAAACGACGGCAAUUGUGACUUUUUACGAACUAAUCUAGGCUGUAAAUUAUUGUUGAAUUUUAAAAGUAUUUAACAACUUUGAAACUAAUCCACGAAAAUAGCGAUUGUUUCGAUGCCAAUAUUUGAAAUGCAAUUCCCAUAUACCACUUCAAGGAUACUUCGAAAAUGCCAUAGCCUGGCACUCCUUAUAGGGCCUACAUCUAUGCUACUCAAUUAAAAUGAUUUUUUUCCCCCAAGAAAAAAUACCGUUGGCUCUUAAAACUAUCACUGUGUGCUCCUCAGAUGUAUGUUAUGUUAUUAACGUAAGCCUUCAUUAAGAAAUACAUCUACUAAUAGAAUUAAGAUAUUAAAAUUUAAUUUCAAAUAGUCUAUAACAUUGUUCUACACAUUUCAGAUUAUUGAUUUUAUCUUUUUACAAAUAAUCUUAACCCCCAAACCACUUAAGAGUAAAUUCAUUGCAUAUGGCGUGUCUUGUAAUUAUUUAGGCCUUCCAAUACCUAGAAAUUGGCUAUUUUAAACCAUUAUACACGAAGAUAUUUUUUUUAUAAAUGAGAGUGCUUUUCUUUCCAUGACAUUAGAUAUGAUGUGGGUUCAGAUUUUCUGUUAAGGGUUGCUUUGUCUGUUAAUUAAUUAAAAUAGUAUAUGUACUUGAAUCAUGUGAUAAUAUAUAAAACAUUAACAAGGGUUGUUUUUUUUUCUUGGCGUUCUAAUUUGGGGCGUCGUCUAAUUGCCUAAUUUGUCUCUCGAUAAAAUUAACGGAUAGACCGUAGGUGUAUUUCCCAUGCCACGAAAAGAAAUUGAGUGAGAAUUGUUUUUGUGAAUGAUAGUAUGUUAAAAUUAUUCUUCGGUUUCCUCUCACUGUUAAAGAUCCCAACGCGCAAGCGAAUUAUUGAAAUAGAAUGAACCAUAUGUUAGUCCCUAGUUUGUCGAGUGGACGUUAAGCCCCAUUUCUCGCUCCCUCUCUUAUCAUUAUUCUGAAUAGAUCUAUCUGAAGCAAUAGAUCGAAUAAUGUCGUGAUUUUAAGUUAGCAGGAGACGGCUGUCCUAAAUUAAAAUUGAUUUUAGUUAAAAUUUUCCCUAAAAUAAUUUUGUGAAACACCACUAUUUUAAGUUAAGAUAAAGUUUUAACUUAAAAUAAUAUUUUAAUGCAUUUUAUCUAAAGGCCAUUUUCAGGAGAUUUAAACUUUCGUAUUUCGAUUUCUGUACGUUCAAGUUAAUGGAUGGGUCUGCUUAUGUUUAAUUUUGAACAGCCCUAUCUUGCUAAGAUUUUACCAUGGACCUUGUAUUUAUAAGGGCCAUGAUUUUACAUAAAGAGGUGUGGUUUUUCUGAUGUGUGUUAUACUUUGUCACGCUAAAGGUUCCAGAUUAUUGAAAAAUUCAACGCUAUACACUUUCAAGAGAAAAUAGUCAAGUACGCUUUAGUUGGAUGUAACCCUUUACAAUUGUCUGGGAUUUGAUGUUAAACAGCAUCAUUAUACAUGCAUGUUCAGAUUCCCAACGUGGCUUAUCCGAGAAAUUACUUUGCUUUCCCAAUAAUUGUAUAUUUAUGUGUAUUUAUUUAUGUCUAACCAAAAUGCAACUGGCAUGCUUUUAUUUCUUCUGUGAGACUAUUAUAUGGAUAUACUUGAAUCACACCGGUGAUGAUCUCAAUAAUUGCUUAUAAUUUUAUUUUUGCAAAGCCAGCAAAGGUGAAAAGUCCUAUAACCAAGGAUGCUAAAAUUAUUUCACAAAGCUCGGUGACAUAUAUUUUAUUUUUUGAUGUUUUACCACGAGUCAUUCAUUUAUUCCUGGUAUUAACACAUGGUGUAAGUGUAUUAUUGUAUGAAAUUUUUGUUUAUUUGCUCAGAUUUAACAGAAAAUUUACUGUUUUAUAAAAAGUAUUCUAUAUAUUUA